AUGUCCGAUCACGAAUCUGACACUGAGGAUCUCUUUGCCUCUCCCACUGCAAAGCACGCUUCUAGAGAAAAACCUGCUCGGCCCAAAACCCCCUCUAAUCCCCCGAAUAAUCGCUAUGAUGAUCCGGAAGAAAGCCGCGAGGCGAACCUACGUCGGGAGCUAGAAGGCGUUAGGAAUAUCAAUGAGCUGAUCGAGGGCGUAGUCGGAACUCUAGAGCGGGCGAAGGGCAAUAUGCAUACCGUCUCUAGUACCGUCAAUACCGCGUCCACGCUCCUCAAUACCUGGACGCGCAUCCUGUCGCAGACCGAACACAACCAGCGACUUAUCCUGAGCCCUUCUUGGAAAGGCGCAAGCCAGGACUUGGCCGAUGCGGAAGCUGAAGCCCAGCAGAAGGCGCGCGAAGUUGAACGCCGCGCUGCUGAAGAUGAGCGUCGUCGCGCUGAAUCUAGACGCCGCCAGGAGGAAGAACAGCGCCAGCGCGAAACCGCCGCCAGCACGCGCACCUCAACUAGCACUAGAGGGACGGCGCGCGGAACGAGGAGCGGUAGGAGCAUUAGUACCAGAGGCAGAGGGACGACAACAGGGCGAAGCGUGUACUCGUCCGCGUCUAGCAGGCCCACAUCCGCAGCUGAUACAAGCUCGACGAGUACGGCUAGAGGGACCUCAGGGAUCGGCCGAGGGUUCUUGAGAGGAAGGUCGAGAGGGACACGAGGCUAUUAG